AAUAAAAAACGAAGACCGUUUCGGGCAUUGUAGCGCCGGAGGUGACGAGGGGUCAAGUUCUUAAACGGCUAUAGAGAGAAUGGCAGGGUGGAAGUAGAGGACAAAGUAAAAGGGCAAACAGUGUACUGUUCUUCUAACAACGCUCCAUCCCCAUGGAAAAGCUGCGGAGCUCGCGGCCAUGGAGGAGGCCGAUUAAUGGGUCCUCAAUAUUAGCGGGGUCCGAUUAUAACACGGCGUCCUUCUCUGUGCAGCUAGAUGAUUAUUCUGAGAUAUUCGACGCUGCAGCCUCUGCCUCUUCAAUCCCUGUUCUUGACCUUUCUGUGACUGAAAGCGGUUUCGAGAUGGUGGGCGACGCCGGCGCCGGUGGGUGCAGAGCCGGCGUUGACUAUUCUGAUAUAUUCGGGAGUUUUGGCGGUGGAGGCUUCGCGGUUUCGUACGAGGAGUUGUUCGCCGAGCCGAAGAGUUCGGGGGUUUCUUCUUCGGAGAACAGGACUCGAUGGGAUUUAUUGUCUGAACAACAGAAGAAAAAAGCCUCAGAACACCCACUGAAAGUUUAUACUGAGAAUAAUGAGCCAAUUUUGGAGAAGAACCAUCAUUCAUCAUUUCCUAAACAGUCAAAUGAUAAUGGUUCAAAGAAUUUCAGCAUGGCGUACCACACAAUUAGCAGGGAAAAAUUUGAUGAUGUUGUAAGUGAUAAAGAUGCAAGUGAUCCUGUACAUGAGAGUAAAAACAAAACAGUUAACAGACAAACCGUUGUCAACACAGGUACCAAGGCUUCAGCCUACUUUCCCUCUACCUCAAAGAAUUUUUCGGUUAAUCCCAUGGAGUCUAAUUCUGCUUCCCUGCUAGAUGUUCCAGCAGAUGAGAAACACAAUUCACAAUCUUAUAGCUACCAUUCAACAUCAAGUGGCUAUGUGCCGUUACAUGAUGUUGCAUACUUGAAGGUAUCAGAAAUUAGUCUACAAACAAAUCCUUUUAAAGGGGCGCCACCUUCAAGACCGCCUCCUAAGCUAUCUAUGAAGCCAGAGCACCCGAAAGCCUUGUCUGCAGAUUCCAGAUUUGAAACAGAAGAAAGAAGCUCUCUGAAAUCUGAGGCAAAUGACCAACUGAAUUUCACCAGUGAAGCUACCAAUAUCCAUAAAAUUGAUGAAUCUAUGAAAGGCAUCGCUUUUUCACCUGAUGCUGAAGUGGAUCCUAGUUCAGCUGCUGCAGUUUCUAUAGCUGCUAUAAAAGAGGCAAUGGAGCAAGCUCAGGCUCGACUAACAAGGGCAAAGAAAUUGAUGGAUAGAAAACGUGAAAAAUCACACUGGAAGGUUGGUCCGCUUCGAACUAUGGGUAGUAAGGAAGAUGGAACUGCUGGCAAUGACGUAGAACUGAAAAGUAGGAGCAAAGUGAUUGAUGCAAAUAACUUGCUUAAGGAUAGUAACACGAUUAGUGAAUCUACAGCUGUGGAAAGGGAAGAAAUCAGGAGUGCAGGGAAAAUACCUUUGAGCCACGGGGAGAUAAAAAUGCAACUUUUUUCAUAUAGAAAGGACCAACAACAGGUGCGUAAAGAGAAUGCAUCCAAAUCAUUUGUGGAAAGAGAAGAACUCAAAACUGUAGAGAAAAUACCUUUGAAUCAUGAGGAGAGAAAAAUGCAACUUCCUUCGUACAAAAAGGACCAACAACUGGUGAGGAAAGAGAAUGCAUCUAAAUCAUCUGAAUUGGAGUGUGAAAUAGUUGAAAUUGCUGGGGAAUGGAAGACAGAUAAGGAUUAUUAUAAGCUGCCAAGGAAUGGUAGUUUGUUGAAUACAGUCAAUGAUGUCAGCAUUCAAGAAGAUGAAAAAACAGCAAAAUCAGCCAUCUGUUCUGAUGAAGACAAAGAAAAAUAUAAUAAAGAUUCCGAACAAGCUAUUGAAGUUGAAGAGAAACAGAAAUCAAUGGAAGUUAGUGUAUGCAUUGAAAAGUUAGAAAAAGAUAACAUGUUAAAAGUAUUUAGCAUGGAUUGCAUGGAUGAGGCUUACAAGAAUUUAGCAGAUGCAACGAUGGAUUCAUUUCUGCUUAAAGACCAUGCCAGUGAACUCGAAAAGGAUAUUGGUUCUCUUCAAUCUGCUGAAAAUCUGAAGCAAAGUGAGGCCCAUAAAGAUAAUAACAUUGAGAACGAUGCUAACAAAACCGGUUUUGUUGUUGAUUAUUGUCUGUAUAAAGAUAAUGUAAAUAAGUUAGUAAACGAAGUCAAUGACGAAGUGAAAGUUCAGAAUGAAACUCUUUUCCACGAUAUAUUUGAGAAGGAAAUUAAAGAGCUGGAUGAGUUGUGCACAUUUGAUGAAACAGACAAAAAUAAAGUAGAUGUAGAAAGAAAACCAGGGAACAAUUAUGAAAAUGAAACAAGAAGCAUGAAAUAUCAGUACUCUUACAAUGCAUACAAAUGCGAGGUUGAGGAUAGUAAUAAUGCAGCUGAGAAGGAUGAGGGUGAUAAAUUCCAAAUAAAUGAAGAGGCCCGCAUUUUAGUGGAAAAUAAACUUGAACGAGAGGCGAUUCAAGAUGAAAAUAGGCUGAAAAAUGGUUUGGAAAUGCCCGAAGCACAAGAAAAAAUGAAAGAUGAAGAACUUGAACAGGUAUUAAACUCUACUGAAGGGACCUAUUGUAAAGAUUGCAAUGAAAAGGAAACAAGAGAUGUUCCAUCUGUGCUCCAGCAAAAUAAGGAAUUAAUGGGAGAUCUCAUGAAUCAGGACGUGAAGAAUUAUGAAUUCCUAGCUUCAGCUGAUGAUGCUUGUGGUGAAAGGGUGAGUGAGAACAUAACAGAAGUUGAGGAAUCAGAUACCAGGAAGGUCUUUUUGUCUAGAAAGGAAGUCAGCUUGCUGGCUACAGCUCUGGAUGCAACAGAAGUUUCUCAUGUUGACAAGGCUGGGAAUCAUAAGUGUACAGAAGUUGAGGAAAAUAAUAGUAAGAUGAAUGUAGGCAGGGAAAGGGAGAAAGAGCCGGAAACAAACCUAGAAGAGAAAAACCUGGAUAUAGAAAGAGAAAGAGAGAGGAUUGCAGUGGAAAGAGCAAACUAUGAAGCUCAUCAGCAGGUACUUGCUGAAGCCCGGGUAAAGGCAGAAAAAAUUGCAGUAGAAAGAGCCACAGCUGAAGCAAGGCAAAGAGCACUUGCAGAAGCCCUACAAAAGGCAGAAAAAACUGCUGAAGCUGAGAAGGCUUCUAGGGAAGCAAGAUUAAGAGCCGAGCGCGCUGCAGUUGAACGAGCUACAGAAGAGGCUCGCAAGCGUGCCAUUGAGAAAGCACUAGCUGUGAAAGCUUCCGCUGAUUCAAGAGAGCGCACAGCUCAAUUUAGUGCCUCUAAUAAAGACAGGCUGAGGAAAGAUAAUAGGAGAGAGUAUUUCAGGGCUUCUCAUAUUAAGGAAGAUUCUGAUGCAAAAUACAAACCAAAUUUAGAUAAAAUUCAACGGAAUGCACAAUCUCAAACUGCUAGUAGUUCUACCAAUAACCACAUAUAUUCAGAUUCUCACAAUAAUGGGAAUGGAGCCGAGUCAAAGUUGUCAUCUAAAGCAAGACAAGAGAGGCAACAGCAGACAGCUGAGCGUGCUUCAAAAGCGCUUGCUGAAAGGAAUAUGCGUGAUAUUCUUGCUCAAAGAGAACAAGCGGAACGUGAUCGGUUGGCAGAAUCACUGGAUGGUGAGGUGAGGAGGUGGUCAAGUGGAAAAGAUGGGAAUUUGCGUGCAUUGUUGUCGACACUACAAUAUCAGAUCCUCGGCCCUGAUAGUGGUUGGCUACCAAUUCCUCCAACAGAUAUCAUGAAUGCAUCUGCUGCGAAGAAAGCUUAUCGGAAGGCUACUCUUUGUGUUCAUCCAGAUAAACUGCAACAAAGGGGUGCCACAAUUCAACAGAAGUAUAUUUGUGAAAAGGUGUUUGAUCUCCUUCAGGAAGCUUGGAACAAGUUCAAUUCAGAGGAGCGAUAGCAGAGUCCUGGUACUUCAUUUCCUUCUAUUGAAGCGUUAAUGUUUUCGCCAUUGAAUCCUGUCGAUGAAUCAUAGUGGUUCAUAGAAUCACUAGUGAAUGAGCAGAGCUAAUGGCCGGCGUAGCUGAACUGGUUUUGAAGAAAGAAUCCGUUAGAAGGGACACACAAAACUAGGAAGCAAAUACAAACUCAAGGCUCAAAAGGAUCGUCAAGUUAUGUUUUAAACUAUAUGUUGCUCCAAAAGAAGCCUAUAUUGAAGUAUAAAUUGAAGAUAAAAAUGUAGUACGGCAAAGUUUAUUCU